CCCAGGCCUGGCCGGGGGUCCCCGCCACAGAAGUGCAAUGGUGCCUCUCGAUUCUGAGGUGGAGGAGGAGUGUCUGAGGGAAGACCUGAAGUUUUACUUCAUGAACCCCUGUGAAAAGUACCGAGCCAGACACCAGAUUCCGUGGAAGCUGGGUUUGCAGAUUUUGAAGAUAGCUGUGGUCACCAUGCAGCUUGUUCGAUUUGGUUUAGGGAACCAGAUGGUGGUGGCUUUCAAAGAAGACAGCACUGUUGCUUUUAAGCACUUGUUUUUGAAGGGUUAUGCUGGUGUGGAUGAAGAUGGCCACAGCUGCAGCAUAUAUACAAAACAGGAAACCUAUGACUGCAUCUUUUACGCUAUAAACCAGUAUCAUCAUCUAAAGAAUAUUUCCCUGGCAACCCUUGAUUAUGCUGAAAGUGACGACCAUGGAAUUGGCAUCAGAGUCUGUAAGCAACAUUAUAAGAAGGGGACCAUGUUUUCUUCUAAUGAGACCCUGAAUAUUGACAGCAACAUUGAGUCAGUGUGGCCCCCCAGCUUUAGCCUCGGGUUCUUGCUGGCAGUAAGCGCCCCUUGUCCUUCUGCCGUGCCAGAGUGCAUCCGCUUAGACCUGCCGGAGCUCGCCCAGAAGCCCGAGGACUGGAUGCAGAACUCCUUCUUCAGGCUGGAAUUUUAUCGGCUUCUCCAAGUCGAGCUCUUCUUUUCCCUCAAAGGCAUUGACCUACAGGCCAUUCACUCCCGCGAGUUACCGGACUGUUACAUAUUUCAGAAUAAGAUUACCUUUGACAACAAAGCCCACAGUGGCAAAGUCAAAAUCUAUUUUGACAGCGAGGCCAACAUUGAAGAAUGUAAAGCCGUGAACAUAUCGGGGUCUAUUCAGAGAAGCGCUCAGCGCGUCCUGGUGUUUGAUGCACUUGUCAUUGUGACUUGCCUGGCAUCUCUAAUCCUGUGCACAAGAUCCAUUGUGCUUGCUUUAAGGUUAAGAAAGAGAUUUCUAAACUUCUUCCUGGACAAGUACAAGCGCCGUGUGUGUGACGCGGACCAGUGGGAGUUCGUCAAUGGGUGGUACAUCCUGGUGAUUGUCAGCGACCUCAUGACAAUAAUCGGAUCCAUAUUAAAAAUGGAAAUCAAGGCAAAGAACCUCACCAGCUAUGAUCUGUGCAGCAUCCUGCUCGGGACAUCCACGCUGUUUGUCUGGGUUGGAGUCAUCAGAUAUCUGGGCUACUUUCAAACUUACAACGUGCUCAUCUUAACCAUGCAGGCCUCGCUGCCCAAAGUGCUGAGGUUCUGUGCCUGUGCUGGCAUGGCCUACCUGGGCUACACCUUUUGCGGCUGGAUCGUCUUAGGACCGUACCACAAGAAGUUUGAGAACCUGAACCUCGUGGCCGAGUGCUUGUUUUCUCUGGUCAACGGCGACGACAUGUUUGCAACCUUUGCUCAAAUCCAGCAGAAGAGCGUCUUGGUGUGGCUGUUCAGCCGCCUGUACUUAUAUUCCUUCAUCAGCCUGUUCAUAUACAUGAUCCUCAGCCUUUUUAUUGCACUUAUUACAGAUUCUUAUGACACCAUUAAGAAAUACCAGCAGAAUGGAUUUCCUGAGACGGACCUGCAAGAAUUCCUGAAGGAAUGCAGUAGCCGAGAUGGGUACCAGCAGGAGCCCUCUGCCUCGCUGCCCUGCGCCUGCUGUCUGAGGAGGAAAGGGAGUGAUGACCCUUUGAUACUCAUUAACUAAAGUCCUUUACCAGAGGUAAAGACCAUUACAUCUAGAAACCUGCUCCAGUAGCAAUGCAGACAGACCCCUGAUGGACCAGCAGUUCUCAAAAGGAUUGUUUUACUAAUUGUGGAUCCAGAAAGAGGCGUGCCUGUCAGAUGGCUGACUUAUAGUUCCAGAAUUACUCUUUAUAAACUCAGAGGAUGAAGACUAGAGCUUGGGCUACUGCUGGGCACGAGGCAGUGGACAGUGACAGUGAAAUUCUCCAGCAGUCUGUUCAUUUGUGGAGAUGAACAAAAUCUCAUUGCAGAGUGUGCAAACAAUGACAGUGAAAUCCAAAUAGAGACGAGUGCCUAUUGCCAGAUAAGAGCUUGUUUGAAAAGGUGACUCAUGGGUUUGAAGACACUUGUUAAUGCAUGAUCUGUAGAGGGAUGAGUUUGGCUUUAACCAACCUAAACUUCCUUGGUUGGAGAACUAUUAAGCCAUGUUAAAAAAAAUCACACUCAGACAAAAAGACCUCUGGAAGCACACUUUUCCUGGUCAGUUGUCCUUUGAGCCCUCUCCCUCAGCAUAAUAUGAAAUUCACAUCAGUAUAGCCAAGGGGAUCAGAAAUGGAACAUUUGGAUGGGUCAUUAGUUGUGCUGAUCCUGGACUGUCCACACAUGACUUGUGUUACUACACUAACAGUGGUCACUUAUCUUAACGACAGAGCUUCACUGUGGUGGGGAUUUAUUUUUGUCAAGCAAGGAAAUAUGGUGCAUUGGUCCUUAAAUAAAUUUAUUUUCAUCAUA